AUGUUCCUUAUCGGAUCCAGGUACGGCGGUCGUGUGUCAUGGCAAACCGGGGCUAUUUUCUACCAAAGACCACAACACUUCCGGAACGGAUACCAACCCGGUGGAACAAAACAUGCCAUGGAAGAUGUGUUGCAGCAGAAGCAGACAUAA